AUGCCUCCACCACCAACAAGCAAUCCACCCAAUCUACCUCCAAAUAUAAAUUACGAAUACACCCCUGGACUAUACGACACGCCUAUUGGACCACCACCAAUGAAGUUUCACCCAGCACCACCACCGCCUUAUCCUCCACCCCUUCGCUACACUCCAACAAAAAGGGCCAGAGCUGACAUACCGCCAACUGCUCCGCUGAAAGAGGAGCAAUUUGAUGAAGUUUUGUUCACACCAAUUGCAGUGAAACCGAUUUCAGCUGAGAAGCCAAGCUCAAAGCAGGAAGCGCCUCAUAAAAUUGAAUUGCAGACGCCAUCAGUUUUUGAGGUCUCCGACUUCCUCAAACAGCUCGAUCCUCUGGCAAAACGUGAGACGGUGAAUGGAACGAGCGAUGAGCCCAAGGAUAUCGAACCUGCAGCCGCACCUCCAAAACAGAUAUCUCCAGGGACCAUGUACAAACCGAUCGCUCCACCGAGACCAAGCGCACCAAGUGCAAGAACUCCCAUUCUAACCAAAAAGAAUAGGAUAAGCACCGGCUCCGUUCCAGAUAUUAAUGGUGCGAUAUCAAGCAUGACCACGGCUCCGAUAAUGCAAUCACAUACCAGGAUUGAAAUUCUACCGAGCAAUGAGGAGCCUUCUCAUCAACCUCAAGUUCAGCGAGCAGACUAUGAGUGUAUGACACUAGAUCGACGUGGAGUUGUCGCCAAGAGGCAUUCGAUCAAGAUCGACACCAAUUCCAUUAAGGAGCCUCCAAUGCAGAGGUAUGAUGGUCCAUACCUUCUUACUGUGCCAGGCAGCGACUACUCUAUCGUUGUCAAUAAUCUCUGA